AUGGCACAAUGGCUCUCGCCAUGCAAAUCCGCUAUUACAGCUGCACUCAGGCCCAAGAUAAUCCACAGCCAUGGCUUUUCUACAACCACGUCGCGGCGCAUCAUGGAGACCACCGGCUUCACUGAGAAUCAGUUGACUGUCCGGGAGGCCGUGUCGGCCAUUUGCUCGCAGUUUCCCAACACAUAUUGGCAGGAAAAAGACCAGCUGGAACAAGACCCCAAAGAGUUCCAUGCGGCGCUGGCCAAGGAUGGCUGGCUGGGCAUUGCGCUGCCAGAGGAGCACGGCGGGUCUGGGCUGGGCAUCUCCGAGGCCACCAUGAUGAUGCAGACCAUCACCGAGUCCGGGGCUGGCAUGGCGGGUGCCCAGAGUAUACAUGCCAACGUGUACGCCACCCAGCCACUCGCCCGCUUUGGCAACCGUGAGCAGCUCGAAAACACCAUUCCCAACAUCAUCUCGGGGAAAUGGCGAACGUGCUUUGGCGUCACCGAGCCCAAUACGGGUCUCGACACGUUGCGCCUCAAGACCACGGCCACCAAGCUCGGCGACGGUGGAUACAGCGUCACUGGCCAAAAGAUUUGGAUCACCUGCGCCCAGGUCGCCCGGAAGAUGAUGCUGCUGGCGCGGACCACGCCACUCGAAGAAGUCCAGAAGCCGAGCGAGGGCCUGUCGCUCUUUUGCAUCGACCUCGACCGGGACGCCGCCGGGUUGGACAUGCGCAAGAUCAAAAAGAUGGGCGGCCGCGCCGUGGACGCCAACGAGGUCUUUUUCGACGGCUACCGCAUCGGGCCCGAGACGCUCAUUGGGGCCGAGAACCAGGGCUUCAAGAUCAUCCUGCACGGCAUGAACGCCGAGCGCUGCCUGCUGGCCGGCGAGGCCCUGGGGCUGGGCUACGCCGCCCUGGCCAAGGCCGCCGCCUACGCCCGCGAGCGCGUCGUGUUCCAGCGUCCCAUUGGCAUGAACCAGUCCAUUGCGCACCCCCUGGCCGACGCCUACAUGAAGCUCGAGGCGGCCAAGCUGGCCACGUACCACGCGGCGCGGCUCUACGACAGCAGCCGGUCCGACAAGACGAUCCGGCAGGACGCCGUCGGGGUCGCGGCCAACAGCGCAAAGUACCUGGCGGCCGAGGCGGCGUUUACGGCGUGCGAGCGCGCCGUCAUGACGCACGGCGGUAUGGGCUAUGCCAUGGAGUACGACGUGGAGAGGUAUCUGCGCGAGUGUUUGGUGCCGCGUAUUGCGCCCGUCAGUCGCGAGAUGAUUAUGAAUUAUAUCAGUGAGAAGGUUUUACAGUUGCCCAGAAGUUAUUGA